GAAAAAAACAUUUUAACGCGAUUGGUUGGGUUCAUGGCUAAUUAUAGCACACAUUUUCCAAGUCUGUCCAGAAGUUAUAUCUUUUCUUUUCUACAGUCACUUUGACUAGGAGGUGGAGACGAACAGAAUUAUCAUGGCGCCUUCAUGUUACUCUUAUUUUAUGACGUUUUUGGUAUUUUCUUUGGAUUUAAUUACAUCUUCCGGAACAGUCAUACUUCCGCCAUGGGAAGUUCCAGACAAUGGCGGCAAAGAAACAAAAGUGACCAUGUCCUUGUACGUUACACAGUUUAGAAGUGUAUUGUUUGACGCAGAGAUGACAUUUGACAUUCAUCAGUCGUGGACUGAUCCAAGAUUUAAAAACACAUCAAGGAACCCAAACGACUAUAAUAUAUACAGAGCGGAGGAAUUUGAGAAUAUAUGGCGACCCGACACCUACAUCGCUAACGAAAUGCCAAACGGCGUGUUUGAGACCACGCCCACUGACAAUAUCUACGCCUAUUUCAAUGGAAGCCUGUUCUUGACAACUCGCCACUCGAUAAUUUUCCAUUGUGACGUGAAGUUGUUUGCAUUACCAAUCAAAGACGAGACGUGUUCCUUGUAUUUCAAAAGCGCAUCCUAUUCGUCCAAGAAUUUGAAACUGAUUUGGAAACAUGUAAACCCUGUCCUGUAUUCCCAAAACAUGGAAACUUAUGCAGUCAAAAUUCACAAAACGGAAUCCCAACUUUGUCCUCAAGAGGAUAACGUCCCAUGUGUGCACAUGGUUUUACACGUCCAGAGAAAGCAUCAAGUGAUGAUAGUACAAGUAUAUCUACCUAGCACCUGUAUUGUUGUGAUCACGUGGUUGGGGUUUUGGAUUCACCACACAGAGGUAUCAGGGAGAACUCGUAUCUCGACCAUAUCAUUGACUGCUAUAGUUGCAGAAAGCGUAGCUGUCCUAAUAAUUAAUCCAGAUCAAGUCCACAUUGCUGCCAUAGAAGCUUGGAAUUCUGGGUGUAUGAUUCUAAUUACUCUCGCUUUUCUUGAGUUUGUCAUCGUUCACAAUUAUCAUAGACGGAGAAUGGCGAAUGAUCCUAUAGUUCAACCUAUGCAGACAACACAGGGUAGCUCGUCGGAAACAAAAAAUGUCUCAACCCAUUUAAAAGCCAAACAAUUACCAGGGAAGAAAAAUCUGUCCAAAAGGAAAGUAUCUCCUGAGCGAAUCCAUGUCGUUGAAGUGGGGUCUGAUGCCAACGAAGUUCUUCGGAACCCUAAAAACGUUCAUAUUACGCCAGAAACUAUAGAUAGGAUAUCAUCUCUAAUAUAUGCUGUGCUAUUUUUGCUAUUUAAUGUUUAUUACUGGUCGUUUUUCUUAACAGAGGCGGACAAGAAAUAAGUCCAGAUCAGUUUGGAUUGGCAACGUAAUUUCGACAAGAUACAAAUGAAAACAAACACAAAUUUAAAGCUUCUAAACGUAAUAUUUUUGAUUUUUUGUAUUUUAAUUGUAUAUUUGGCACAUGUGCAAAGUGAAGCGAAAAUGAUAUUAAUAUGUUUACGUACAGAAGUAAAUAAUACAACAGCAACCACCAAUAAUAUUACAUGAAUAUCUAGUAAAUUGGUCAUAAAUUACAUCAUUCAACAUAUUACAGUAAUUACAACCAUUAAUAAGCAGCACAAUUGGCAUAGAUAUACAAUUUAUAUUUUUUUUCUUUGUGUAUCUGUAUAUACACCUUUAACGAAGGGAAUUGAUAUAUAGGCUAUUUUUGCCUGCUGUUUGAUCUAUAUACAAUUCAAUCCUGAUAUUUCCACGUAUACUUUGGGAUAAACUACUUCAAAAACUAUUUGAACAUAUAUGCAUAUCAAAAUUCUUAAUCUUACAUGUACGUGUGCCGGUACGCAAGUCUAAGUUUGAUAGUUCUAAUUCACCAAUAUGUGAUUGGUGCAUAUCAUCGAUGUUAUCUAAC